UCAACGACAAGACGAUUGGCAGAGAGAGGUCCCGAUUGCCGAGGGAUCAUUCAGUUGGCAUUGGACAUUCGGCAACCAUUUUCGCAGGCCUGUGUCUCCGUCGUUCCGAGUUCGUUGUCGCCGUCGUCGUCGUCGUCUUCAAAGCCCGCCCAAGCCGUCCCAGUCCCGGCGUCGUCUACCCAGCCAGUCAGUUUUUCAGUCGAAUCAAUUGGUUGCCGUCCACCUUUCAGUCAUCAUGGCCUCCAUCGCCCGCUCUUCCCUGCUGCGCCAGGUUGCGACAAAGCCUGCUCUCCAGAACAGCAUCAUCGCGCGUGCUGCUUUCCACACUACCGCCAAGAGGGACCUCCUCCCCCCUCUUCCCCAGCGUGUUGUUGGCACAGUCAACGAUGCUGCCCCCGUACCGCCCCCUUCUCCCUCGCACGGCUCCUACCACUGGACCUUUGACCGUCUCGUCGCUGCGUCCCUGAUCCCCCUUACCGUCGCUCCUUUCGCCGCCGGCUCACUCAACCCCACCAUGGAUGCCGUCCUGUGCGCCACCCUCCUCAUCCACUCUCACACCGGCUUCCAGAACAUCAUCGUCGAUUACGUUCCCCAAUACAGAACACCCCGGGCCCGCAAGGCUGCCAUCUGGGGCCUCAACGCCGCCACCGUCGUUGUCGGCCUUGCCCUCUACGAGUACGAGACCAGCGAUGUCGGCAUCACCGAGACCAUCAAGAGACUGUGGAAGGCUUAAGCAGGAGGAGUAGAGAUUGUGCUUUUGGGACCCGAGGCUUUGAGGAAAGAAGAGCGGGGGCUCGUUUUGUUUUAUUUGUUCCCUGUAUAGCAACCCCCUACGACUACGGCAACAACCAAUAUCCCAGUUUUUGGUUCUGCGAAACCACGUUUUCCAUUUGUUGUCCUCCUUGGUAACGGGCGGUGUUAGUGUUGGCUUGUGAUAAAAAAAGGGGGGUAAAAAGGGGGCAUGGGCCUUUUUGGUGUCUUGCAAAAUAGUUCGACGCUUACUCCAAGGUUGUAAAGCCAAAAACGUGUAUAAGAUGGCCAAUUUUGAUAGAACGAAAUAUUGAACUGUUUGAAAGGUUCAACAGCUUUUGAUACCGGAGAGUGGC